AUGCUUUCUCUUUCGGCUUUUUCGGUCAUUUCUCUUCUUCUCCAUCUGGGCCAGGGUCUUGCGGCCAACGUUUGGUACCAUCGUCGCUGUGAUUCUUGGAAUCAUGGCUGUAAUGUAUGCAAUGAGCUCUCCCAAAGCUAUCCAAACAGUGUCUUUCUCCCUGGAUCUGCAGUUUUUGCCCAAGAUGUGAUUGAGCCCUGGUCGCAGACCUGCCAAACAACGCCCAAGUGUGUUUUUGCUCCAGCUUCGGCCGAGGAGGUAGCUGGUGGCCUGGCGAUACUCAGUGCAGCCAAACAGACCUUUGCUGUUCGUACCCAAGGCCACAUGCCCGUCCCGGGGGCAGCCGACAUUGAAAAAGGCGUGCUUAUGGUUACCACCAGCCUGAACAGCGUGCGGUACACAGACGAAUCCAAAUCCGUGGUCCAGAUUGGCGCGGGAAACCGCUGGUUGGACGUCUACAGAGUACUUGCUCGAGACAAUCUGGCCGUUGCUGGUGGCCGCUUUGGACCCGUCGGAGUGUCUGGUCUCCUUCUGGGUGGGGGUAUCUCUUAUUUUAGCAGCGAUCAGGGUUGGGGAGCAAACACUGUUGUCAAUUAUCAGGUUGUGCUCGCCAACGGUACAAUAUGCGAGGCCAAUGCCCAGCAGAACUCCGACCUGUACUGGGCCUUGAAGGGUGGCGCCUUCAACUUUGGCAUUGUCACGCGUUUCGAUUUGAGAACCUUCUCGGUGCCAUACAUGUGGGGAGGAAGUGCAUACUACGACGCCUCGGCUCUGGAUCCCUUGGUCCACGCAUUCGCGAGCUAUGCUGUUGCGGGCGGCGGCUCCAGCGAUCCUGCCGCUCACUCAGAUCCCUCGAUCCUGUACAACGCGACUACUGGCGAGGUACUGGGCUAUGGCAUCUACAUGUACCGAGGCGACGACCCGGCCCCUGCUGCCCUCAAGAACUUCACCGAUAUACCUUCCACAUUCCAGGACUUUCGUGUCGCAGAGACAAUCCUGGGCCUGGAGAACGACACGAACCCCGUGAAUUUCGAGCUCGGGAACCGGAGACAGCUUUUCUCGUCCGCUGCCUUGGCAUCCAGCGCCGAGGCAGUGUAUCUGAUCAAUCAGACCUUCUUCGACGUGAUUGCCGCCAACCCGCAGAUCAAGGACACCACGGACCUCGGCCUCACCAAAACCUACCAGCUCUUCACCCCCGGCAUGAUCCAAGCCGCCGAAGCCUCGGGUGGUGAUCCGAUCGGGCUCUAUGACCCACUUGGCAGCGGAAUUCUGACUGUCGUGUACGGCGGCAACUGGGCCGACGCCAAAGACGACGAGAUCAUCUACCGCUUCUUCCAGGACAUGGUCGACGAGCUCAACCGCCGCGCGAAGGCGGCCGGCCUCUACUACGACUUUGUCUACCUGAACGACGCGGCGCCCACGCAGACCGGCGCCGUCUUCCAGAAGUACGCGAACGGGACCGCCCUGCCGCGGCUGCGGGAGAUAGCCCACCGCUACGACCCGCACCAGGUCUUUCAGAUCCUGACUCCCGGCGGCUUCAAGCUCGUCAACGCUCCUCCAGCUUAG